GGUUUGACAGAACAAACAAAACCUGGGGAAGAUUCGGGAAGACUCGGCCGGAAAUCAUGGUAUCCAUAGAGACGCUGUCGGAAGCUGGCGUUGCUAGGAGGCCUGGGCGCGUCGGCUAAUGUGCGUCAUGGCUGAAGACCUAGAGUAUUACGAUUCCGGCUCGGUUGAAGGAGAAGAUCUGGAGUAUGAGGUACUCGAACUGCCUGCGUCUCUUAAAAUGGCUCAAGAUGCCGAAGCUGACACCAUGGCAGAGGUAGGCCGGGAGCUACCUGUAGAGAUUGACGAGGAACCCCAGCCAGAGACGGAGGAAAAAGAUCUCGAAGUGGGGGCACCAGGGAAUGUACACCUACACGUAAAACCAACCAGCACGUCCAACGAGGAGCUGCCCAAGGAGUCUGAGAGAGAUCUCCCUAGCGAGACUGGUCCAGGGAUGCCGCAGGAGGCAAAGUCAGAGAUACUGAGAGAGAUGGAAGGAGAGCUUUUCAAGGAGUUGGAGGUCCUUGUGGAUGAUAAAGAGGAGCCAGAUUUAGAGUCACCGGAGGAGGCCAAAUUAGAAGUUACAGAGGAUGUACUUACCGAGUCAGCUGAGGAAACAGAUCUGGAGCUACCAAAGGAGACAGGGCCUGAUGUUUCAGACUCACUCGGUGGGACAAGAUUAGAGUUGCUAGAACAGACCAUACUGGAGGUUCUGGAGGAUUCACUUAAAGAGCAAUAUGAAGAAACAGGUCCAGAACCUCCGGAGCAGACCAAACCUGAAUUUCCAAGUGAGAAACCAAGAAAAUCAAUUGAAGAGGCAGAUCUACAGCCGCCAAAGAUGACCAUCCCAAAGGAAGCACAAAGAAAGUCACCUGAGGAGAAAGGGACAGAGCCAUCUGAGCAGGCCAAACCAGAGUUUCCUGAAGGGAAACCAAGAGAAACUGAAGAGACAGGUCUAGAAACUCCAGAAGAAACUAAACCAGAGGUUCCACGGGAGAUACAAAGAAAAUCAACUGAGAAGAAAGAGACAGAGCCACCUCAGCAGACUGAAUCAGAGUUUCCAGACCAGAAACCAAAUAAGUCUAGUGAAGAGACAGGAAGAAAGUCAACUGAGGAGAAAGUUCCAGAGCCACUUAAAGAGAUCAUAUCAGAAUUUCCUGAGGAAAAAUCAAGAAAAUCAAUUGAGGAAACAGGUCUAGAGCCAUCAGGAAAGACCAAACCAGAAGCUGAAGAGGAGACACUGAAAGAGUCAACUGUGAAGAAAGUUUUAGAACCACAAGAGGACAUUCAACCAUCAGAUCAAAAAGAUAAGCACAGAAAAUCAACUGAGGAGACAGGACUGGCACCACCACAGAAGUCCAAAUCAGAGGAGACAGUAAGAGAGUCAACAGAGGAGAAAGGUCUAGAGCCAAAGUUUCCAAAGAAAGAACCAAGAAAAUCAACUGAGGAAAUAGGUCAAAUACCACCACCGAAGACCAAACCAGAGGUUCAAGAGAAGAUAAAAACAGAGGAAACUACAGAGAAAGAUAUAGAGUUACCAGAUAAAGCCCAACUACCACUAAGAAUAGUGUCACAUACAGAAUUUCUCAAGGAAAAUAGGCCAAAACCAGUCAAAUUUAAGUAUUCUCUAGACAAGGAUGAGCAAGAACACUCUGAUUAUCAAACAAAGUGGUCAGUAAAUGAAACCAAGAAAGCUAAAAGAGAGUCUAUGUUCGGGUCUCUCACAGUAAGUGAAGUAGACUCAGUGAGUGUAAGUUACGAGUUUUCUAAGGAUUUUAAAGGACUGUUUGAGGUUACCGAUAUCAAUGAUGAUUUAUACUCUUACAUCUCAGACACUCAGAGGCAUUUGAAAGAGUCUUUUAGUGAAAAAGUUGUAGAUUUGUCCCCAGAGUUGAAACAAGUACACAAAGAUGAAGAAACCCAGCCAAAAGAAAGUACUGAGCUACAAUUUGAGUAUCUUAAGUGGAGCCCAGAGAAAGUUGCAGAGUGGAUUAGUGAGCUAGGCUUCCCUCAAUACAAGGAGUGUUUUACCACAAACUUCAUCUGUGGUCGAAAGCUCAUUCACGUAAACUGCUCAAACCUCCCUCAGAUGGGGAUAACAGAUUUUGAGGACAUGAAGGUAAUUUCUCGACAUACACGGGUGCUCCUGGGAAUUGAAGAGCCAUUGUUCAGUCGCACCAUCACCCUGCCCUACAGGGACAAUAUCGGCUUAUUUUUAGAGCGAAAAGGUCAUACUGGGGUAAAAUCUGAUUCCUUGACCUUCUCUGAAUUUGUGCAAGCAGCAGGAUUACAGGAUUAUGCUCCAAAAAUAACCACCCCCGAAGAGAAUGAAGCAUUGCAUUACACUGAACCGUAGGGAAAAGCAAUUUCACUUACCUUGAAAGAUCAAACUAAACUACUUGGGGGAAGAAGUGUGUUCUUUUGGGUUUUCUUCUCCUCUUCAUUAAGGACUGGAGUUAGAACUGCUGGCUCCACUCCUAGUUCUAUCACCACCUCUCAGCACCUUCCCUUUAUUUGUGUUUCAAGUUAGCCCCGUGUUUAAACAAA